GUAUCAGGGAAAUUAGUGCCACAUACGUUCAGCAUUGUAGCGCAGAGGCGAAUUUAUAACAGUCGCGAAGACAGUCUUUUCUACGAUCGGGGAGCACAAAAACUUUAGGAGAGGAAAACGUUUGUUUAAUGAUGUGCAAAUGAGAUAGCGGCAGUUGUAAAAAUGUGCCUCAACAUGACAGACAAGGUGUUUUCGGGCUUCCUGGACGAAAUUGAAGGCAUUUCAGUGGAUCGAUUUGAACGGAAGAACUUUAAACGGAGCCAAAUGCUCUUCCUGACAAACUUCUUUCGGGGAGGAAAAUUAGCAGAACUUGAUAAAGCCAAGCUAGCCGAGCACUUAAAGGACGCAAAACUUUUCUGCACAAGCAGAACAAUGCAAAUGCUAACAAAUUUGUUCAGCUCAAAAAACCUAGAUUUUCCACUUCAGUUCGAGGAACUUGAAAUUGGGAAAACUUAUGAUAUGGAAAUUCCUAGCAGCAGCUCUGACGAGAGCAAUGAGAAAUUGAAAGUUACUGUAAUUGACGCAAACUUCUGUGUGGGCGCAUGCAUGUUUCUGUUUGAGACCUCUGAGAAAACAGUGCUUUACACUUCUGAUUUCCGUUACACAAAAGAUGAAAUACCGCUAAUUAGAGCUUUGCACGAACUCGAUGGCGAGAAAAAGAGAUUGGACGCCAUUUACAUUGACUGCUCGUUUUUUGAUCAACGUUUUUCAGAGUAUCCAUCCGUACAGGCCAACAUUGACCUGAUAAUUGAAAAAUUAAGACAGACUGACCUGAACAUGAGACGCGUUCGCAUAAUCGUUAACAAUGAAUCAGGUGAAGUCGGGGCUGAAAGCCAGAUUAUCAGAGGGAUCUCUGCAAAUUUGGGUGAACUGAUUGAAUUUGAGGACUCAAAAUAUCAUACAAUUUACAAUGACAUUCCACACGUUAGCUCUUACGUGUCCAAAGAUGGAGAUGCGAAAAUUAUUUUAUGUUCAUCUCCGCCUCUUAAACAGGAAUGCACUGAAGAUGCAGAACAACGUGUAUCUGAUUAUAAAAUAACAUUGUGCGCAGUGGAAAACAAGGAAGAAAAUCAGCAAAAUAAAAGCGUUGUUGAUAGCCAAAACGAGCUUCGACUUGAUCAUACCCUUCACGCGACUGAAGAUGAAAUAAGCACUUUGAUUUUGACAUACAAGCCGAAAAAAGUUAAACCUUGCAGCAUUCCAAGUCUACGUUAUAUUAAUAAGGCGCAGAAAAAAUUGGAUAAACUUUGUUCAAUGCUGAAAAGUGGACCCGCAAUAUUGGAAAUGGCUGCAUUUGCCAGCAAAUUCGAUGGGCGCAUCGAUGGAGUUGAAUUUACAUCAAUCGAUCGCUUUACCCAUGUACAUAAAUUUUCAGCAUUUUUUCUUACGCAUUGUCACACUGAUCACACCAAUGGCAUUGGGAAUUUAAGUACGCUCGAAACAAAAUAUACGUUCUAUUGCUCAAGAGAAAGUGCUCAAAUUCUAAAAAACCUUCGGGCAAAAUUGAAACUAAGCGACCGGUUUUUUGACCAUGUGCAAGUCCUUGACGUGGGCAGGCGCCACACAAUAGUGAUAAAGAAGCCAGACGACGCAGAUUCCAAUGCUGAAGAUCAAAUUGUAAAAGUCACCCCAAUUUCAGCAAACCACUGUCUUGGAGCGUGCAUGUUCCUAUUCGAGACCGAGGAAAAUCAACGAGUGCUUUUUACUGGCGAUUUCCGAUUUUCACCGAAUCAGUUAAAAGACAUCAAAGAGCUGCACUACAGUGACGGAACUGUCAAAGGAAUCGACUUGGUGUACUUAGACACAACUUUCUUCAAUCAAAUAAAUCACGCGAAGGUUUUUCCGUCGGAAGAAGAAAGUCUGCAGAUGAUUGAGGCUUCCAUUGACAAAUACCUUUUUGCUUUAAAGAAAGGGGACCAGGCUUGGAUACAUAUAAAACCAGCUGGUUUUAUUGGCUCAGAGGAAAUCAUAGUGAAAUUGAGCAAAAAAUAUAAAACCAAAAUUCACUUUCAUGAAGAGGAAUGCAAAUGCUACACGGGAUUCGAGGAGAUUGAAUCGUGCAUCACUACUGAGGGCCAAGUCGCUUUCAUUCACAUGUGCAAAAUCGAAGGCCAGGAUGUGAAUUCCACUCCAAGAAAAGAGGUUCUGUGUAAGCCUCCGUCAAACGCAUUACACAUUGUGCCCUCUGCAUUGUACUUCGCAAUUGAAUUGGGCAACAAUAAAAUAAUAGAACCAGAGGAUUUGUCUAAUGGAGGGUUUGUCCGAAUAGCUCGUUCGAGGCAUUCUAGCCACAGUGAGCUAAAAUCAUUUUUGAAACACUUCCGACCUAGACGAGCUUUUGCCUGGGUUAUACAUUCAGACAAAAAUACGUAUUCUUUUUGCGAAAUGCAAGCUGAUCUGGAUAAAAUGCUGGAUGACAUUCAUGGCAAAAGACACCACGACUUCAAAAGAAUGAAAUAUUAUUAGGUUUUUAAUUUUUUAAGUGUGAGAAAUAUGUGUCCUUAUUUAAUUAUUCUCCAUUCAAAUGUACAUUGAAAUAUUCAACAACUUACAUCAAAGCAAUUGUAUUAUUUAAUUAUUACACAUAAUAUUUUAUCAUUUUUGCAACAGAAUUGCCAAAUGACACUAAAUUGCUCUUGCCCAAGUUAGAGGUAAAAUUUUAUUUAAUUAUAAAAUAAUUUUCUACUGAGAUUCAAUGUCUGCUAUAUAAAAUCUGUUAUACACUCUUUUAAUUGUUAUCAAUUUCAAUUAAGUUUAAAAAGCUAAGAGAGAUAAGAGAAUAAAUAGAAGAAAAAUAAUGCACUUUGCAUCUUUAAAGCGUUUGUAUUUUAAAGUUGAUGCAAAUUUAUUUUUGUUGAUAUUUAUUAAUUAAUUCAAUUCAUUAAUGCUUUCAAUAAUAAAAUACCAAAUUUCUUGCUGCAAUGCUAUUACGAAUGCAUUUUACAGUUGUAAAUUUCUUAGAAAAAUUGAAACCGGGUUCCUCUUGCAAGAGAGAUCAUACUUUUUCAUAAAUCAUAACAAAAUUUUACAUGAGUAAAAAAUACAAAAUAAUCUAUUAAUGUAAAUUUAUAAUAGAGGUUGUGUUAACAGGACAUUAAAUAGCCCAAAGAUUUGUUCCUGCAGAGUACCGCGCG